AUGACGGCAGUACGAGAUAUACAGGAAAUGGAUAACCCAGAACGCCUUCGAUACUUCCGCGUGAUCGAUCAACUUCGCGGUUUUGGGAUCAAUGAGGAUCUGCCGCUUCCACAGAUUGUUGUGGUUGGGGAUCAAUCUAGUGGGAAGUCAUCACUCCUUGAAGGUCUCACGGGUCUCUCGUUCCCUAUUGCCUCAGACCUCUGUACGCGUUUUGCAACGCAAAUUGUACUGCAUCGUACGCCAGGGGGAAAAGCUUUGGUCAAAGCUUCCAUUGUGCCUGGCCCCUCCAGUCUGGAUGAUGAAGCUCAAAAGAGGCGAUUGCUGGAGUUUGAUAUGCAGAUGGAUGCUGAUGAGCUUAGUGGAUCUAAAUUUGCUUGGGUUUUAGACGAGGCCGCUGAAUACAUGGGAUUGCCCAAUUCCGAUGGCCAAGAUAUUGAGAACCUAACGAAGCGCUUCUCUGACGACAUUCUGCGUAUCGAAAUCUCCGGGCCGGAUCAACAUCAUUUGAGCGUGGUCGAUGUGCCGGGGCUUUUUCACAAUCCUACUAAGUAUCAGACUCGCGAAGAUUUGUCUGUUAUUCGAAGACUCAUCGAGACCUACACAACAGAUGCGAGGACAAUCAUUCUGGCAGUAAUGGAUGCACGAAACAAUUUGGCAAAUCAAGAGGUCUUCAAGAUGGCUCGCGCAGCCGAUCCCGCAGGUAUUCGUACCGUUGGCAUCAUCACCAAGUGCGAUGCACUGCAAUCUGGAGAUGAAAAUGGGGUCCUCAACAUCGCACAGAAUAAUGUAGAGCAUCUUCAACAUGGGUGGUUUGUUGUACGGAACAGGUCGACUAAAGAGAUACAAGAAGGUGUGACAAUCCUUGAACGUCAUGAAAACGAAAGACGAUUCUUUCAGCAAGUUCCUUGGAAUGCGCUGCCAAAAGAUCGAGUAGGUGUGAAGGCUUUAAAGCCUUUCCUCGGCCAAUUGUUAUAUGAACACAUUCGUCGUGAAUUCCCUGCCCUUGUCAAGGAAAUCGAAGAUCUCUAUAGAGAGACGCAGCGGAAAGUGGAAGCGCUUGGAGCCUCUCGCCAAACUGCGGCGGAGCAGCGACAGUACUUGACGCGUCUGGCGAAUCGGUACCAACGCAAUGUGGAAGAUUCUCUCAGGGGGAACUAUGCUGCAGAUCUCGAUACGAAGAGCCAAUUAAAGCUACGGAUGCAUCUUCGUGAUUUGGCAGAUCAAUUCGAGAAAGAUCUUCGGUCGAAAGGACACACGUUCCCCUUCCAGCAGCCCGAUGGAUCAGUCGAUACGGAUUACCUUGACCAGGAUGUUGAACCAGGUGUUCAAGACAUUAUGGGAUGGAUUCACGAAAGAUACAGAGACGCUCGCGGGGCAGAAUUGCCUGGCACGGUCAAUCCGACACUUCUAAUCAAUUUGUUCCGACAACAAACUGUUCAAUGGGAACAAAUAGCUGGCGAUUAUCUCGAACAAGUAUUUCAGCUCGUGACGGAGUAUUCUCAACUAGAGUCUUGUCGAACUGAGGAAGACAAAACAAUUCGCGCCUCUCUAGAAUCCUUAAUACUUUCCCGCAUUGAGUCCACAAAAGUCUCAGCCAGGGGUCAGCUCAUAGAUCUAUUACAUGACGAGCGAGGCGGAAUCUUACAGACUGUGAACCAUUAUUUCGCCGAAACACUUGAAAAAAUCCGCCAAGAGCGCGUCAUUGCUCGUGUGCAAGCUCUUGGCCUUCAAGAUGGCCAAUGCCAAACUAUCGAUCUAGGAAAGCUUACUAGCGCCAUACAUCUGAGUAACGAGGACCAAGCCGUCAAUGACAUUCACGAUGUGUUGAAAGCUUACUACAAGGUGGCUAUCAAAAGGUUCGGAGAUUACGUGGUGGUCUCGGUGGUCGAGAGAUUAAUGGGCGACCAAGGAGCGCUCAAAUUCUUUUCAUCGGAACACAUUGGAGGUCUAUCUGAUCUACAGCUAGCGGAGAUGGCUGCAGAAAGCUACACAACUUCAGCCGCAAGGGUGGAGCUCGAGCACCGGUGCCAGAGGUACCGUGAGGCUCUUCAUGUGGCUAAAAGCGUGUAA